AUGAUAUCUCCACAGACCCUUCUUGGGUCUUGGCUUCUGCUAUCAAUACCAGCUUUAGGAUCUGAGUCCUGCCAGGCUUCUCCUAUUAACCACCCCGGCACCGCAUUCAGCUAUGUUCAGCCAUUGAACACCACUAUUCUGGGCGUCGAUGGCCACUCUGCCCCUGUCUUCCCUUCGCCAAAGAUCAAUGGCACCGGUGGCUGGGAAGCAGCUUUGCACAAGGCGCGAAACUUCGUCAAGAAACUCACCAGCGAAGAAAAGGCAUGGAUGGCAACCGGCCAACCUGGUCCCUGCGUUGGCAACGUCCUUCCCAUUCCCCGCCUGAACUUCAGUGGUCUCUGCCUACAGAACGGACCUCAGUGCGUCGAAGAAGGCAGUUACUCCAGUGUCUUCGUGAGUGGUGUCUCCGCAGCUGCAAGCUGGGAUCGGAAGCUACUAUAUGAGAGAGGUAACGCUCUAGCGGAAGAGCACAAGGGCAAGGGUUCCCACGUCAUUCUGGGUCCCAUCGGUGGACCAUUGGGCCGCAGUCCCUACAAUGGUCGUACUUGGGAGGGCUUUGCCGCAGACCCUUACCUCACCGGUGUUUGCAUGGAAGAGACCAUCAAUGGCAUGCAAGAUGCCGGUGUCCAAGCCAACGCAAAGCACUUCAUUGCCUAUGAGCAGGAGACUCAACGAAACCCAACAUACGCCCCCGACGCCAAUGCCACGACCUACAUCCAGGACUCGGUUUCUUCGAACCUUGAUGAUAGAACUAUGCAUGAGAUCUACAUGUGGCCGUUCGCCAAUGCCGUGCGUGCUCGUGUUGCUAGCGCCAUGUGCUCUUACAAUCGUGUUAACGGCUCUCAUUCUUGCCAAAACUCUUAUGUUCUCAACCAUCUCUUGAAGACCGAGCUUGGGUUCCAGGGUUAUGUCAUGUCUGACUGGGGUGCUACGCACAGCGGAGUCGCGUCUAUUGAAAGUGGUAUGGAUAUGACUAUGCCCGGUGGUUUCACUCUCUACGGUGAGAUGUGGACUGAGGGAUCAUACUUUGGAAAGAACCUCACCGAGGCGCUGACCAACGGCACUGUUUCUAUGGAUCGCAUGGAUGACAUGAUCGUCCGCAUCAUGACACCCUACUUCUGGCUUAACCAAGACCGAAACUAUCCAAGUGUGGACGCCUCCGUCGGUCCGCUGAACGUGGAUUCUGCCCCAGACACCUGGCUUUAUGACUGGAAAUUCACGGGACAAAGCAACCGUGACGUGCGCGGCAACCACAGUGCCCUGAUCCGUGCUCACGGCGCUGCCUCGACCGUUCUCCUGAAAAACGAGAAGAACGCAUUACCCCUACGCAAGCCUCGCAACCUCAUUGUGGCAGGCAAUGACGCCGGCCCCCUGACCCAAGGCCAAGACACCCUCGGAGACUUCGAAUUCGGAGUCCUCGCCAACUCAGGAAGCUCCGGCGCCUGCCGCUUCAGCUACCUCUCCAACCCACUCGAAGCCAUUUCAGCCCGCGCCCGCAAAGACGGUACCUUGGUCCAGUCUUACCUGAACAACACCCAGAUCGUCGACACCGGCCUCUCAUCCCUGGCCAUCCCCCAGCACCCCGAUGCCUGCCUCGUCUUCCUAAAGUCAUACUCCGCAGAGGGCGAAGACCGCAGCUAUCUAGAGCUGGACUGGAACGCAAACGCAGUCGUCGAGGCCGUCGCCAAGUUCUGCAACAACACCAUCGUCAUCACCAACUCGGGCGGCAUCAACACGAUGCCAUUCGCCGACAACGAGAACGUCACCGCCAUUCUCGCCCAGCACUACGCCGGCGAGGAGACCGGAAACGCAAUCGCAGACGUCCUCUACGGCGACGUGAACCCCUCCGCCAAACUGCCCUACGUAAUCGCCUACAACGAGUCCGACUACAACGCCCCCCUGACCACGGGAGUCAAGACUAACGGCACAUACGACUGGCAGAGCUGGUUCAACGAGGAACUCGAGGUGGGCUACCGCUUCUUUGACGCGCACGAUAUCCCCGUGCGCUACGAGUUCGGCUUCGGCCUCAGCUACACCACGUUCGAGCUGCAAAAUCUCAAGGCCAAGAGCAAGGCGAUGCGCAAUCUCACUGCCCUCCCUGAGCAGCGCCCUGUCCAGCCCGGCGGAAACCCGGCUCUCUGGGAUACUGUGUACACGCUUCAAGCUGAGGUUUCCAACACCGGUGAUGUGGGCGGAUAUACCGUGCCGCAGCUGUAUGUUGAGUAUCCCUCCUCGACGCCGGCUGGGACUCCACCGAGCCAGCUGCGUGGAUUUGAUAAGGUUUGGCUGAGGGCUGGUCAGAAGAAGACUGUGACUUUUGAGUUGAUGCGUAGAGAUCUUAGUUAUUGGGACGUUGUGGCACAGGACUGGCGCAUUCCUGCUGGAAAAUUCACUUUCAAAGCUGGAUUUAGUAGUCGUGAUUUCCGUUCGAAUGUGAACGCGACUCUUAUUUCUGCAUAG